AAGCAGACGAUGGCAGCCGUAAUGUCUGGACGUGGCAAGGGAGGUAAAGGACUCGGAAAGGGAGGUGCCAAACGUCACCGUAAAGUUCUUCGUGAUAACAUUCAAGGUAUCACCAAGCCAGCCAUUCGCCGCCUCGCUCGCCGUGGUGGUGUCAAGCGCAUCUCUGGUCUGAUCUACGAAGAGACUCGGGGUGUCCUUAAAGUAUUCCUUGAAAACGUCAUCCGUGACGCUGUCACCUACACCGAGCACGCCAAAAGGAAGACUGUCACCGCCAUGGACGUCGUCUACGCCCUCAAGAGGCAGGGACGUACCCUUUACGGUUUCGGCGGCUAAACAACAACUUGCCCUAUCAAAAAACAACGGCCCUUUUCAGGGCCACUAAAUCCAACGAGGUCGAAAACG